AUGGACCAAGAAAGAUUCCUGCAGCAGCUGCAGAUUGUUUUAAAUCCCAGCCAGGGCAAUGUCAAAGAUGCAACCGCCACGCUACAAAAGGAAUUUUACAAUAAACCGGAAGCACUCAUAUUCCUCAUCCAAAUAUUCACAUCCCACAGCAAUACCGAUUUAAAGCAGCUGGCUGCCGUCGAGGCGCGAUCCCUAGUUUCAAAACACUGGCUCAAGGUUCCCCGUGAGCAGAAGCCACAAAUACGAGAACGGUUGCUUCACUCUACGCUCGAAGAGCAGGCGCCUCUUGUGCGUCAUUCUUUUGCUAGAGUUAUAUCUGCAAUUGCGAAGCUUGAUCUUCAAGAUGGCGAGUGGGCCGACCUUCCCCAGUGGCUUCUUCAGGCUGCCACCAAUAACUCAAAGGAAGUGCGCGCCGUGGGAAUGUACAUUCUGUUUACGAUUCUGGAGACUUUAGGAGAUGGGUUUCAAAGCAAAUUUGUCGAACUUCUUCACCUUUUCGAUAAAACUAUCCGCGACCCUGAAAGUGCGGAGGUUCGCAUCAACACACUGCUUUCCCUCAGCAAACUUGCUAUACACCUCGACAUAGACGAGGAUGCACAAGCCGUUCAAGCUUUCCAAAACAUAUUUCCCGCGAUGGUCGCUGUCUUGAAGGAUGCAAUCGACCAGGAGGAUGAAGAUAGAGUUAUGCAAGCAUUCGAAGUGUUCCAGACUUUUCUUGGAUGUGAGCCGCAACUCUUGAACCCUCAUCUGAAGGAUUUGGUCUUGUUCAUGAACCAGCUGGCGGCCAAUAAUGAGAUGGCUGAAGAGACGAGGACCCAAGCUAUCAGCUUUCUGAUGCAGUGUCUCAGAUACAGAAAGCUCAAGAUUCAAGGAAUGCAACUUGGCGAGCAAUUGACCCUUACCUCACUUCAAAUUGCUACCGAACUCGGCGACUCUGAUGAUGUAGACGACAUCACUCCUGCUCGAUCCGCCUUGGGCCUUUUGGACAUGAUGGCACAAUUCUUGCCUCCUAGUCAAGUUGUGGUCCCCCUUCUUAAAGCUCUAGGCCAGUAUUUCACAAGCGCGAAUCCCGACUACCGAAGGGCUGGUAUUCUCGCUUUGGGUAUGUGCGUGGAAGGUGCUCCAGAUUUUAUCAGUACGCAAAUGAAAGAAAUCUUCCCUGUGAUCUUGCAGAUGCUUUCAGAUCCAGAACCGAAAGUCCGACACGCAACUCUAAAUGGAGUUGUGCGCAUCGCCGAUGACCUUGCCGAGGACAUGGCCAAGCAGCACCAACAACUAAUGCCGUUGUUAUUGCAGAAUCUGGCUAGUGCUAUGCAAGAAUACAAGGGAGAAGAAAGUGGCGUCACCAUCGACCUCAUCAAGGCAAGUGUUUCCGCUAUCGACGGGGUCGUUAAUGCAUUGGAGGGUAAAGACGCCAUCCAAUAUCAAUCAGAACUUGUACCUGUGCUGCAAAAACUCUUCCAACAGCCAGAUUUCAAGCUCAAAGGACUAUCUGCUGGCGCCUUGGGGUCGAUUGCUUCUUCGGCCGGCGAAGCGUUCUUACCAUUCUUUGAUGAGUCUAUGCACAUAAUGCAAGAGUUUGUCACCCUUAAGAAUAGCGAAGAAGAGCUUGAGCUCCGGGCUUGUGUCACAGAUGCUAUGGGAGAGAUGUCCACUUCCGCUGGGCCUGAUCGUUAUAAGAACUAUGUGGGACCCUUGAUGCAAGCCAGCGAGGAAGCUCUCAGACUUAACCAUUCCCGGUUGAAGGAGAGCACGUAUAUCUUCUGGGGCGCCAUGUCCAAAGUAUACGGCGAAGAUUUCACCCCUUAUCUGGAUGGGGUUGUCAAAGGACUUUUGGAUUGCCUUGAACAGGACGACGAAGACUUGGAAGUCUCUCUCGGCGAUGCAGCUCGCGACCUAAUCGGACAAGAAGUUUCCAUCGCCGGCCACAAAGUUCGUGUUGCCGAUGCUGAUGAUGACGAUGACGUGAUCCAAGGCAUGGACGAUGAUGAGGACGGUGAAUGGGAGGAUUUCAGCACUGUCACCCCAAUUGCCCAAGAAAAAGAGGUCGCUAUUGAGGUCCUUGGUGACGUGCUCACUCACACUGGUCAAUCCUUUAUGCCUUUCUUCGAAAAAACGAUUGAACACGUCUUGCCUCUUGCCGAGCAUCCAUAUGAAGGCGUUCGUAAAAGCACAAUUUCGACUCUCCACCGCGCAUACGCUGCUUUAUGGCAAGUGUCUGAAUCUGCCGGCCAUGCGCAGAAAUGGGAGCGUGGCAAGCCGUUGAGCGAACCUCCACAGGAAAUUAAGAAAUUUGGAGAGAUCCUCAUGACUGCAACGAUUAAGAUGUGGAGUGAAGAAGAGGAUAGUCUCACCGUCGCCGAUAUCAACCGCAAUGUAGCCGAAAACCUUCGAUAUUGCGGACCUUAUAUUAUCGCAGAUCAAGCAACUCUUAAUAAUGUGGUCACCCUCGUUGACACUAUCAUCACCAAGCAACAUCCUUGCCAGCAGGAUUUCGGUGCGGAUGAGGAAGAUCAAGCAGCUCUUGAAGAACUCUCUGAGUUUGACUGGGUCGUUGUCGACACUGCUCUCGACGUCAUCGCUGGCCUCGCAGCUGCUCUUGGCGGAGACUUUGUCGGAUUGUGGCCCGUUUUUGAGAAGACAGUUCUAAAGUACGCUGGUGGCAGCGAAUCUCUUGAGAGGGCAACCGCCGUUGGGGUGCUUGCGGAUCUCAUUACCGGUUUAGGCGAAGCAGUCACUCCUUUCACAGGAAAUUUCCUUCGUUUAUUCCUUCGUCGCCUCACGGAUGAGGAUUUACAAACUCGAAGCAAUACGACCUAUGCUGUUGGGCGUUUGGUUGAGAACUCCAACUCAACGCAAGAGAUUAUCCAAGCAUAUCCCUCUAUCCUGGAGAAACUGGAGCCUUGUCUACGUAUCCACGAGUCUAGACUCCCGGAUAACGCUGUUGGAUGCCUUGCUCGAAUGAUCUUGAAACACAAAGACCACGUUCCACUUGCAGAUGCCAUCCCUGUCCUGAUCGAUGACCUCCCAUUAACAACAGAUUACGAUGAAAACGACCCGGUGUACCGCAUGAUAUGCCAAUUAUACAAAUGGGAAGAUCCAGUUAUCCAAAGCCACACCCCGCGCUUGAUCCCAAUCUUCCAAGCCGUCCUCACGGGCGACCGAGAUCAACUAGAGGACGAGCGUCGCGCAGAACUUAUUGAACUUGUCUCGUGGCUCAAUAACAUGCAACCUGGCGGCCCAGCAAGCUUCAUUGAGCAAUUGGGAAAUUGA